AUGACUGAACACCAGGAAUCUGCCACCAAGAAAAAGCAAUGGGUGCUGAACGGCUUCACAAUGAGCACUCCAGGACAUUUGGCACCUGGUCUAUGGCGGCACCCACGCAACCGCACAGCCGAAUACACGUCUCUCAAAUACUGGACUGACAUGGCCCGAAUCCUGGAAGCCGGCAAAAUUCAUUCCAUUUUCAUUGCUGACGUUCUGGGACCGUAUGAUGUCUACAAAGGUCCAGAGAAUAUUGAUCCAGGUUUACCGGGUGUUGCGCAGCUUCCUAUGGCCGAUCCUUUCCUGCCCAUCGCAGCAAUGGCAGCAGUUACCACAAACCUCUCCUUCGGCAUAACAGCCUCGACAACUUACGAGAACCCGUUCCUUCUCGCGCGCCGAUUCGCGACAUUAGAUCAUUUGACUAACGGUCGUGUGGCAUGGAACGCGGUGACUAGCCAUCUAGAGUCUGCAGCCAGGAAUGUCGGUCUCGAGACGCAGAUUGCGCAUGAUGAGCGAUACAGAAUUGCAGACGAAUAUCUGAAUUUGACGUAUAAGUUGUGGGAGGGGUCGUGGAGGGAUGAUGCCGUUGUUAAAGAUAGAGAGAAGGGGCAAUAUGCCGUCCCGGGGAGGGUGAGAAGAAUCAAUCACCAAGGGGAAUACUUCCGUUCCGCCGGCCCCCUGACGACAGAACCCUCCCGCCAACGAACCCCCUUCAUCUUCCAAGCCGGCACCAGCACCGCUGGCAAAAACUUCGCCACCAAACACGCCGAAUGCAUGUUCAUCCCAGGCCUGGACACAAAGGGCAUUCGCAAAUCCGUCGACGAAAUACGCUCCUUAGCUGCCGCAAACGGGCGAGACCCCAACAGCAUAAAACUGAUCACAGGUAUACUGGUGAUCGUCGACGAAACAGAUGCCAAAGCCCAUGAGAAAUAUGAAGAUUAUCUACAGUAUGUAGAUCUGGAAGGAGCAGCGACGUUAUUCGGCGGCUGGACGGGCACGGAUUUAUCGCAAUUCAGUGACGAGGAGGAUUUCCGAUUUACGGGUCCCGCGGCAAUUCAAAGUCUUGUGAAUAGUUGGACGGAGACUGUGCCUGGUACAGAAGGGUUGAAAUGGACUAAGAAACGAGUUUUGGAGGAAAUUACGCUGGGGGGCCCACAUGGGCGCGCCAUUGGGUCUCCAAAGACAGUAGCUGAUAUCUUAGAAAAGUGGGUAGACGAAACGGGGAUUGAUGGAUUCAACCUUUCGUAUGCUAUUGCACCGGCUGAUUUCGAGGAUAUUGUCAAGUGGUUGUUGCCGGAGUUGAGGGCUAGGGGGUUAUUUUGGGAUGAGUACGUGGCUGAUACGACUAGGGAGAAUUUUUUGAAUGACGGAUUGGGACCCAGGUUGAGGGAUGAUCAUCCGGGGUCGAAGUAUAAAUGGGCUGGUGACCAGAAGUAG